GAUGCUCCUCCACUUCUGCCCCCAGUGUGGCACCAAGCUGCAGCCUGGCUUCCGGUUCUGCCCCUCUUGUGGGGACAAGCUGCCAUGUGCUGUGGACACCACUGGACCCCUGGAGGCUGCGUCCUCUGGAGUCCUUCAGCUUAACGUCACUGAUGGCAUAACCAACAUUACAGCCAACACUAGCACUCCAGCUACUGGCACGGCACAGCUGACUAGCGGGGACGCAGGAGGUAUGUGGUCAAGUUGUGGGGGGAUUUAUUGCAGUUGACACAGGGUUAAGGGGUUAAUCAAAGUGAGUAUUGUGCAUUUGUUGUUUGUUCCUCAGUGUGUAAGCAUUGCCUGUGAAUAUUUGAUUUUGGUUUGUUUUUCUGGAGAUGAAGAGUCCACCUGUUUCAUGUCUUGUUUUCCUGCAGGCCUCAUCUGCGCCACCACCAGCCCUGUGUCGACCCGCCCCCCACUGCGUAGGACCCGUAACUCUGCCCCCACGGCCCGGAGCGAGGAAACUCCUAGUAGUGUAGCCAGUCCCCCUGUCACUGCCUCCCCAAAACAUGCUGCAGGUACGGGGAUGGAGGGACAAUAUGAUUAUCAUCAGUGGUUAUGGGGGGUCAAAGGGAUUAUCGUAGCCAUUGACUGGCAUUGGAAAUGUAGUUGUGGCACAUUGAUGCUUGGUUUUCUUUAGCAAAUGGGAAACGCAUCCUCCCUAUCGGCAGAUCAAAGCCCCAAAACAGUGAUGUCUCCACGGAAACGACGUGCUGUCACCCCAAAAGUGGAACAGAUUAAAGAGGAACCGUCUGUGAAGCUGGCCUCACCUGUCUCUUCACCUCUCCCCAGGUCCCCCUCCACAGGUGAGUCUUAACUACAGCCACUUACAAUUAACAAAACACAUGACUCCCAACAGCCUGUCCUCAUGAGUAUGUCCUUUUUUCCUUCCUUGUAUGUGUGUGCGUAUAUAUGUAUGUUCCUGUGUGUGUAGUCAAGGGGAAAGCGAAGAAGGCUAAGCGGGCAUGUGCUGUGGAGCCACUGCAGGAAGGGGAGGAGCUUUGUGACACAACAGGCAGGAAGUGGAGGCUGGUGAAACUGUUGAGUCAGAGCGAAGCUGAGCUGUUCUAUGGAGGUGAGAGGUCACACUGCACUCUUCUUCAAUUCUGGUCCAUGGGACCCUCGGGGUGUACAGGCUCUUGUUCCAGGCUAGCACAAAGAAACCUUGAUGAUUAGUUGACUAUUCUCUGAUUCAGGUGAUUUAGUACUGGGCUGGAACAAAAACCUGCAAUAACCUGUGGGCCCCUGAGGGCCAGGAUUGAAGAAUACUGUCAGACAGGAUGGAGUGUCAAAUAUGGACCAUGGUGAUUUGAUCAGACACUGAUUGUUUUCUUGUCUUCAAUCUCUCCCCAGUCCAGCAGAACGGGCCAGUUGCCAAUUCCAGUGACUACAAACACAUGCUUAAACUAGUGAGUGUAACUGCACAGACUGUGUUCUCUCAUAUAGAACGAUUAUGUUGGCUACAGUGGUGCUUUGCGUAUUAUGUGGUGAAUUCUGAUGUGUGUUCUUCUGCAGGGAGCUAAAGAUGGGAAGAUCUUUAAUGAGCAGAACUUCCUACAGAGAGCUGCCAAGCCCUCAUCAGGUGAGAGUCAAGCUUUGCCUUCAUACACCUGGCCAGCCCUCAGCUUGACUACACCUCUAAACUGACUCUCACCUGACUGGACUACCCAUCCACUUGCCUUAGCUAUCUACGCAUUUUAGUAGAUCUGGCUGUACAAUAACACAUUUGACAGAACUAAAGAAUACAAGGCCAAGAUUGUUACAAGAUCCGCUUGGCAGGAACAUCCUUAUCUUAAUGCAAAGCUGCAAACUGGCAUGUGAAUGGGCAACUCAGAUGGGUCCCUAUAGGUGGCAUUGUAAGCUGAGAGGUAUAGAGUAGGAGGAAUUGUUUGGUUUGUGUAUGACUGACUUGACUACUAGUGGUGGAGCCCAUUGUAGAGGCUCUGUUAGUUACUAAUUAACCUUUCUAACUGCUGUGAUGCUGUCUCCUCCUAGUUGACAAGUGGAUAAAGCACGCCAAGAUGGACUUCCUUGGGAUUCCUUCCUGUGUAGGAUUUGGUCUCCAUGCAGACUCCUACAGGUGUGUGUACAUUGAGAUGUGUGUUUGCUGUGUGCUUGUGCUUAUGGGGGAUGUGUGUGUUUUCCUUUUGUAUGUUUUGAAUGUGUACAGUGUUGCGUUUAUGUUUCAGGUUUUUGAUUUUCCCCAGCAUGGGCCAAACUCUUCAGUCUUUCAUGGAUGAGGGGGAGGGGAUCCUGUCUGAGAAAGUGGUGCUUCAGCUGGCCUGCAGAGUAGUGAGUGCUCUUAUAGAGGCCCUGAUAUGACUUCAAAAUAGGAUUCCCUAUUGGAUGUGCUUGCUGUUUAACUCUGCCUUUCUCCCUCUUCUUCCAGUUGGAUGUGUUGGUGUUCAUCCAUGAAAAUGAGUAUGUUCACGCAGACAUCCACGCUGAAAACAUCUACAUCAGCCCAGCACAACAAACACCGGUCAGAGUGUGUCUGUAUAGUUGUGUGUUUGUGUGCUGCCAGACCCCUCUACUAUGCUCUUACUCCUGUAUACGUGUGUAGGUAUACCUUGCAGGGUACUGCCAUGCUUUCCGCUACUGUCCUGGUGGCCGGCAUGUGGAGUACCGCGAGGGCAGCCGAACACCACAUGAAGGAGCCAUAGAAUUUAUAAGCCUAGAGUCUCACAAGGGAGCAGGUGAGUCAUCAUGCGGCUUGUCAAUCACCCGCAGUCCUUCAGAUACUGUGGAGGAGGGACAAGUUGCCCCUAACCAACCAUAAGUACUUGUGUGUGAUCGCACCUCAAGGUCCAUCUCGGCGUAGUGACCUGCAGGCUUUGGGCUAUUGCAUGCUGCGCUGGUACACAGGGGCGCUGCCCUGGACCUCCCUCACACACACACCAGCCAGCGUUGCCACGGAGAAGGAGAGGUGAGAGCCUAGGUCCUCACUAUGGCAAGAAAGCCAUUAUGAUAAUGUUAUUCUGUAUUUAUAAAAUGAUAAAGCCUUGCGUGAGUGUCCAAUCUUGACCCUUCACUGUAAUGAUUCAGGUACAUGGAGGACGUUCCAGGUCUCCUAAAUCACUGCUUCGGACAAAAGAAAGUCUUGAGUAAGUCCAGUUUUCUAGUUAUUUGUUUUUUUAUGCAGCGUAAUAUGUUUUGUGUGUGCGUGAGAUAUAAUGUAUCUGUGUGUACUAAAUGAUGUAUCAGGUGCGCUGCAGGUGUACCUGUCUCAGGUGAUGGCUCUGCAGUACUCUGACCAGCCGGACUACAAGGCUCUGAGGGCAGGCCUUAGUGCAGCUCUGCAGAAGCUGGGAGGGUCACUGGAGCAACCCCUAGACCUACAGGUCAGAACACCCACACACAUACUGUACACACACACACACACACACACACACACACACACAACCUCCACUCUAUCCCCAAGCUGCAGUUGAGAAAACAGUCAGAUGACCACAGAAACCUGGAACCUCCCUCACCGCACAAGUGUGGUGUCCAACAUCUUUUAGUUGACAUUACGCUGAUUACUUUCUCUUACUCCCCCUGCCCCCUUAGCAGGGUCUGGUUAGACCACUCAUCCUUACACCACUACCUGUUCAGGCUAUCUACUGAACUAAUUUACACCUCUACACCAGUCUAUCUCCCGGUCUGAACGUGUGUUUAUCUCUAUCUCUCUUCAGAUUAAAGCGAUUGGAGGAAGA